CGCUCUGUGGUUUAAGAUGGCGGCGGGGGCUGAGGGGGCGAGUCCGUGAGUCCCAGGCCGGAGCGCCGCGGGGGCGGCGGGAGCCGCCAGGCCGGGCCGGGCCGCGGGGAGGAGGAGGAGCGGGAGGGCCGCCUGCCGGGCCAGGGAGCGGCGGUAUGUGAGCGCGGGCCGCGGCCGGCAGCGCGGCGAUGGGGCAGCAGGUGGGCCGCGUCGGGGAGGCGGGCGCCGGGCUCCAGCACCAGCCGCCGCCUCAGCAGCAGCAGCAGCAGCCGCGGGGGCUGCGGGGGAGCAGCGCGGCCAGGCCGGCGGGACGCCGGCGGGAGGCGGCCGGCCGCACCGCCGAGGGAGGCUUCAAUAUCUUCACCCAGCACGAGGCCCUUCACCGCCCCUAUGGUUGUGAUGUUGAACCCCAGGCACUGAAUGAAGCCAUCAGAUGGAGCUCCAAGGAGAACCUGCUUGGAGCCACUGAGAGCGAUCCCAAUCUCUUUGUUGCACUUUACGAUUUUGUAGCAAGUGGUGACAACACGCUCAGCAUCACCAAAGGUGAGAAGUUGCGAGUCCUGGGUUACAACCAGAAUGGUGAAUGGAGUGAGGUACGUUCGAAGAAUGGGCAGGGCUGGGUACCAAGCAACUACAUCACACCAGUGAACAGCCUGGAAAAGCAUUCGUGGUACCAUGGGCCGGUGUCACGCAGUGCAGCAGAGUAUCUGUUGAGCAGUCUCAUCAAUGGCAGCUUCCUGGUUCGUGAAAGCGAGAGCAGCCCAGGGCAGCUGUCCAUCUCGCUCAGGUACGAAGGACGUGUUUACCACUACAGGAUCAAUACCACCUCAGAUGGAAAGGUGUAUGUGACAGCAGAAAGCCGUUUCAGCACACUAGCAGAGCUAGUACACCAUCACUCAACAGUAGCAGACGGACUGGUGACAACUUUGCAUUACCCAGCACCCAAGUGCAAUAAGCCCACUGUCUAUGGAGUGUCCCCCAUCCACGACAAGUGGGAGAUGGAGCGGACUGAUAUCACCAUGAAGCACAAACUUGGGGGAGGGCAGUAUGGCGAGGUGUAUGUUGGUGUCUGGAAGAAAUACAAUCUCACGGUUGCUGUGAAAACAUUAAAGGAAGAUACCAUGGAGGUGGAAGAGUUCUUGAAAGAAGCUGCUGUGAUGAAGGAGAUCAAGCACCCAAAUCUAGUGCAGUUGUUAGGUGUUUGUACCCUGGAGCCACCCUUUUACAUUGUGACAGAAUACAUGCCGUAUGGGAACCUGCUAGACUAUUUACGGGAAUGCAACCGGGAAGAAGUAAGUGCAGUUGUGCUACUCUACAUGGCCACACAGAUCUCCUCUGCUAUGGAGUACCUGGAGAAGAAGAACUUCAUUCACAGGGACCUGGCAGCACGGAACUGCUUAGUUGGAGAAAAUCACGUAGUGAAGGUGGCUGACUUUGGCUUAAGUCGACUUAUGACUGGAGAUACUUACACAGCUCAUGCUGGAGCCAAGUUCCCAAUCAAAUGGACUGCUCCUGAGAGCCUGGCCUAUAACACCUUUUCAAUCAAAUCAGAUGUGUGGGCCUUUGGGGUGCUGUUAUGGGAAAUUGCUACCUAUGGGAUGUCACCAUACCCAGGCAUUGACCUCUCUCAGGUGUAUGAUCUGCUGGAAAAGGGCUAUCGGAUGGAACAGCCCGAGGGGUGCCCUCCAAAGGUUUAUGAACUGAUGAGGGCAUGCUGGAAGUGGAACCCACCAGACCGACCUUCCUUUGCUGAGACCCACCAGGCUUUUGAAACCAUGUUCCAUGACUCGAGCAUCUCAGAGGAGGUAGCAGAGGAGCUUGGAAGAACAGCCUCCUCCUCAUCUAUAGUUCCUUACUUGCCCCGGUUACCCAUGCUUCCCUCCAAGACUAGAACACUGAAGAAACAGGCAGAGAACAAGGAGAACAUUGAAGGAACACAAGAUGCUGCAGAGCACUCAGCUUCCAGCUCAGCACCAGGUUUUAUCAGAAGCACACAGCCAACAAGUGGGUCUCCCGCACUGCCUCGCAAGCAGAGGGACAAGUCACCCAGCAGCCUGUUGGAGGAUGCCAAAGAGACCACUUUCACCAGGGACAGAAAAGGUGGCUUCUUCAGCUCAUUUAUGAAGAAGAGGAAUGCUCCCACACCUCCCAAGCGCAGCAGUUCCUUCCGAGAGAUGGAGAAUCAGCCCCAUAAGAAAUACGAGCUGACGGGUAAUUUUUCAUCUGUUGCUUCCUUGCAGCAUGUGGACGGGUUCUCUUUUGCUCCCACACAGCAGGACGCGAGCCUGGCGCCACCCAAGUGCUAUGGUGGGGGCUUUGUGCAGAGGACCUUCUACAACGAUGAUGGCACUGGUACCAGCAGUGGUGGGGGCGUAAGCACUGGUGGUGGGUGGUCGGGCAUCACUGGUUUCUUUACACCACGCUUGAUUAAAAAGACACUGGGUUUACGAGCAGGAAAACCCACUGGCAAUGAAGAAGCUUCAAAGCCUUUUCCAAGGUCAAACUCUACAUCUUCCAUGUCCUCAGGGCUUCCAGAGCAGGAUAGGAUGGCAAUGACCCUUCCCAGAAAUUCCCAGAGGUCAAAAAUCCAGCUGGAACGGACAGUGUCCACCUCCUCUCAACCUGAUGAGAACACAGGGAGGGCCAAUGACCUGCUUCCCAAAAGGUUUGAAGAAGGCCCUGCUUUGACCAGAGAGAGACCAAAAGCAAAACUCUUGCCAAGGGGUGCCACAGCACUCCCUUUCCGAACCGCCUCUGGAUCAGAAGAAAAGGAGGGUCCAGGGCUAGCAGCAGCUCCUAAGGUCAAAGAGAAAAACAGUGGCCCACGGCAAGGGGCCCUUGAGGAUGGUGAGAGACCGGGGUGGUCGUCUCCAGUAAAGGCUGCAGCAAUACUUCCAACCACUCAUAACCACAAAGUGCCAGUCCUAAUCUCACCCACUCUAAAACACACUCCAGCAGACGUGCAGCUCAUUGGCACAGACUCUCAGGGUAAUAAAUUUAAGCUCUUAUCUGAGCAUCAGGUCACUUCUUCUGGCGACAGGGACCGGCCCAGACGGGUAAAACCAAAGUGUGCUCCACCUCCACCACCAGUGAUGAGGCUCCUACAACAGCCAGCUGCCUGCUCAGAUGCAGCAGAAGAGUUGAGCAAUGUGGCGGGAGCGCAGCACGGACUGGAAUCGAGCGAAGGGAGUAAGAAGGCAGCAGCAGCAGCAGCAGCACCUGUUGGUGGAAAAUCUGGGAGGCCCGUGAUGCCUCCACCUCAAGUGCCUCUGUCAUCGUCUUCCACCUCCCCAGUGAAAAUGGCCAACGGCACGGCUGGCGCAAAAGUAGCACUAAGAAAGACCAAACAGGCAGCUGAGAAAAUCUCUGCAGACAAAAUCAGCAAGGAAGCACUGCUGGAGUGCGCAGAUCUUCUCUCGAGUGCCAUUGCCGAGCCGACACCAAACAGCCAGCUGGUGGACACAGGGCACCAGCUGUUGGAUUACUGCUCAGGCUACGUGGACUGCAUCCCGCAUACACGCAACAAAUUUGCCUUCCGGGAAGCCGUGAGCAAACUGGAACUCAGCCUGCAGGAACUGCAGGUGUCCUCAACAGCUGCUAGCAUCCCUGGGGCAAACCCCGUCCUUAAUAACUUAUUGUCAUGUGUCCAAGAAAUCAGCGAUGUGGUGCAAAGGUAGCUACUGUCGAUCUGGGUAAGAGAAAUACGUACGGGGAGGGGGGGGGGCGGACUUUUUUUCUGUACUGAUGCUUUCAAAAGGAAAGACUGAUACUUGAGUAUGUGAAGUACCUCAGAUCACUGAGUUCUCCUCACGUUUACAGGUUCAUCUCAAAAAAAAUGGGGAUGGAGAGGGUAGAUUAAAGCUGUAAGGGGCAGAACAUCAAGUAUUUGUCCCUACCUAGUCAGUCUGAUCUGCUUGGUAUGGCAAGGGAAGGAAGUUCCUUGCUCCUCCCUUGGAGAGGCAGGAGAACCGAUAGCAGGUUCUUGCCCUGGGAAGGAUGGUUUGAUGUGUGAUAGCUGGAGUACUGGAGUGGCUGCAGGCCACUUGGCUGUACAGAUCCUCCCCUGUCUGCACUAACGCAUGCUUUGGCCUCCUGACAAGGCAAAGGAAAGGCACUGGGGCUCCGUUGGUACCAACUGCUGAGCAGCCUGAGCUGGAGUAGCUCUGAAUGGGGAGGUCGCAGGAAAGGUCUAAUGCACUGACAGUAUUCAGAGCUGCUGGAGGUGGAUGCACUAGCCCAGAUGGCUUACUUCCACAGCGCUGUUGCUGCUGUAAUGAGAACUGCAAAAUUGGUUAAUAUAUGAAACUCUCCCUUUUUCCUCCUGUCCACCUCAUCCACCACAUGUUCUCAUCUUUGUUGUAUCGGAAGCGUCAGGGAUGCUGGGCAGACUUACCACUGGAAUACCCCCUUCCCCACCACACAGCCUUCACUCAGUUGUUACCUAUUUCUAGUGGUCUAGCACGGGUGCUGCUUGAUGGUCUUUUGUGAGUAGUUUGGGGCUCUUGCACAACUUGCCAAUGUUGUUAUUGGGGUGGGUGGGUGUGGUUUUGUUUGGGUGGUUUUGUUUUUUGUUUGGGUUUUUUGUUUCUGUUUUUGUUUUUUAAGCUCUAGAUUGAUUUUAACUUGUUACCAGGUUGACUCCCCAAUUCAGUUUCAUCACCUUGAGGACCCAUGGUAGGUAAGGCAGAGCUACCACCACCCCUGGCUGUCCUCCACAUUCCUUUAGCAGUCACAGCACUGCAGGGCCAGCUGGAGAGCCAGAAAGUACAGCCUCACCCGCCCACCACAUGCCCUCACACCUGCAGGAUUGCCUGGACCAGUCCCUGCUCUUGGCAUAACACUAACACUUCACGCUGACGGCUUCCCAGGAUUUGUUCUAGUGCUUACUGGUCUCACAGGCUUUUAGCUUCCCUGCAUAUGAAGGUGACUAGGUAUGUCAGCGCAUGGGGGGAAUUGCAGCCAUGUUUGUUUUUUUUUUUUAUUCCUGUAUUUUAAAGGCUAGACCAGAAUCUCGUGCUGUGGCAUGGGGAACAUGCACAUACACUGUGCGCUCCUCUGCCUAAGAUGUGACAAGCGUUACAGCUCUGCCUACCAGGGCUCCUGCUGGGUUAUGGUCUCUGAUGCCUAGUGACAAUCCCAGAAUGAAAGCAGUCAUAUGGUUGAAGUUGUCUUCUUUGGUCCUAGUGCUGUUUGUAGACUGUUGUGGCCUCAAAAAGCUGGUCUUCUGCGUAUAUGCACAACUCCCUGGGAGGUAAAUGUACUGACAAGUAGGAAGACCUCAACUAACUGUUGGCUUGAGAGAAGAAAACAGGCCCGCUACCUGGCUCCAAAUACACCUUACCCUGCAUGCUGCUGCUCACUUCACUCUGUUGGUGAUGGUAGAGGAUCUGGCUUGCUUUGCACCUUAAAUCUUUUAUUUUUGGCUAAAAUGCUUUUUUAACUUGUUUUUAAAGCGUUUUUGUGCUGCUUUUAGUUUGAGCAUUUAGAGUUGAGCUGGGGCACAAGUGUGAAUUUAGGAGGAGGGCACUUCCAUUUCUGUCUAGAAGCAUUGCCCUGUUGGUGCUUGGAAGUAGGCUGGGCCAUCUCAGUGAGUUUUUUCCAUGGAGCACAGUGAGACACUGACCUGAAAAAAAUCUUUAGAAAUGGGCUGGUGGCUGAGAAUUCUCUUUUUGUUACUGGUCUAUGGUAAACAAAGUUGUGUCACAAUGCAUGAACGGGCACCAGUGGAGCAGACAGUGAGCUAUGCUGUCCUGGUAAGCAGGGGGAAAAAAAAAGCAACCCCUCCACCCCAACUGAUGAGUGUUAAAGUGAAUUAGUUACACCUGUGAGUCAGUUUUACUCCACUGAGCUAGACCUAAGUGGAGACACACAAAAGUACAGCAUGGGUUACUCAUCCUGACUUAGCAGUACCAAGCCCAAAGCCUGCUGUCUAGGACUGCAAUAGGAUGUGCAGCUUGCCCAGGCUCUCCGGCAGCCCUCGGGUCAGCUCUUUCGUAGCCGUGCUCAGCCAUAAGGCAGAGUAUCAAACUGUUAUCUGCUAGACUUUACUGAGGGAUUUUGUGGUUUACCUUAUCUCUUUCAGUCAUCUUUACUGAAGGUGUGCAUCACUGCACACCAAACUAACUGCCUUUGGAAAGAUGACCUGCAAAGGGAAGAACACGUGUGGUAUUGCUUCAUGUGGCCUUUUAAACAAUCAAAAGGUGUAUGGGAGCUUUCUUCAGGGCAGAAAGGCAGGUCUUGUUUGCCCUGGCAGACAAUCGUGUGAUUUCAUCAUUGUACUACUCCUCAGCCUAGGACGAGUGGGCUGACACUGAAGUGAUUCUCAGGACAAAGGUAUUUUAACCAGACAAUUUUAAGGAACUUAGUCCAGUUCUAAUAAGUACUUUGAAAAAUAAGCCUUUUUCUGUUCCUGAAUGCCAGUGUCCCAGAAAAGCUCCAGCAAACAAUAGCAUAGAUGGACUAGCAAACAAUUCCUGGAAUUUCUAACUACUAAACCUCCCCUCUUUCAGCCAUUUCUGAAGAAACUAACUGUGUCCUAGCAAAGGACUGGCUCCCCUCCCUUGGUCAUCCCUGUGUCCUUUCUGAUGCCACCUGGUUUCUCCUCUGCCAUGGCAGAGGUAGUGGGCAGGGGGACAGGGCAGUGAGCAGUAAAUCUGCUUUUAGAGAGCCACAGACUGGCUGAGGCUGGAGGGAGCCCCUCUGGAGGGGCUGGCUGGUCCAGCCCCUGGCUCAAGCAGUGCCACCUGCAGCCGCCGCCCAAGGCUGCAUCCAGAGAGUUUUUGCAUAUCUCCAAGGAUGGAGACUCCACAACCGCUGUGGGCAACACAGAAGCCCCUUCAGUUUUGAUGACUUGCUCCAGUGGAGGGAAAACACAGAAUAGCAGAAUUCUGGGAUUUGCCAGUCAUCACUUCUAUGGACAGCGUUUUCUCUGCUUGUACCUCUUGUCUUACAUCGUAGGUAGGUGAUGGCAGAGGUAGCGCUGACUGACACUGGUUUUUUUCCCCUAAAUAGGAGGUUGUGGAAUUGCUUCUGCUGCCCAAUGGUGUUUUAUUCCAAAACUGGAAUUCUCCCCUGCCCGCUGGCAGGCUAGCAAAAGGAUGGGAGCUGGGAAAGCUGCUUCUGAUGUAAAUCACUGUUCAUUGUUCUUCCUUCCACAGCCACACUCCUAAAAUUGUUGCUGGUCCUUUUCCCCUUUGCUAGGUUUGGCCUUCUGUUCGGCCUUAAAGGCCUCCACCGUAGCAGCUUCUCUGCUUUCAGCCUUGCACAGCGUGUGCAAAGUAACGCAAGGAUGGUGAAGCCCUGUUAUUUGUCCCAGUGAAGAGCGCUUCUUGCUCCACUGUUCAGGGCAGGGACGAGGCAUAAACGCCUGUUUUGUUUCCUUUCCUCAACACUGUGAGACAGCCUUGUGGGGUGAGGAUGCAAUUGCAGCCGGGCGCUCUCGCUUGCACUAGUAUGGGCUAGAAUUUGCAGUGGUCUUUGCAACAGGGGAUGGCAUCAUGUAGGGCCUGGUAAUGCCAAGCACAAAGCAUGCGCUCACAUGAGUGACUUGAUGUGGGGCACUUUCUCUUCCUAGCUACUGUGGGGAAUUAGCUGACUCACAGGUGCAAUUCUGUUUCCUUCCUGCACUGUACACCCUUUUUAACCCCAGAACUGGUGCACUCUGCUGUCUGACCGGCAGCACUUGAUUUAAUCAUAUAUUUCAUUAGUGCGGGUAGAGGUGAAGCUGAGUUAAGAGUCUGGCUCUUGGGGCUGUGUCAAAUUUAGCCACUGGGAAAGUGGAAUUGAAUGGAGCAGCGUUGCUGAUGCAGAACGCAGUGGGGAAGGGGGGUGUUUCUGUCCCCGUCCUCCUCAUACAAGACACUUCUGAGCACCACCGGCCUGGUGUCAGUGAGACGGCCAAACACACACGUUGACAUCCGUCAGGUGCGCUUACGCGAGAGUGUUACAGCGCACCGCUCGCUCUCCGUGGGCGGCAGAACUAAACCCCACAGCGUGGGGCAGUGGCUGCACCAAAACUCUGUGUUACAAGAGCAGCCCCUCCCCAAAAGGCAGCAGGCGUGUGAGCAGGUAGGACAGGUUACGCUCUGCAGUCAUAAAUCCAGACCCUGCUGUCUGUACCGCUUACCUAAGGCAGGCUUCCCCAGCAGCUGAGGUGCUCUGCGUUUUGCUUGUCAGUGCACUUGGGCAGCAGCAGCUGUGACAAGCACUGACGAAUCCAGAAGAUCUUUUUUUGUAAAUGUAACAGGCUGCCGUCUUCUCUUUUAAAACACUCGGCCCAGCCCUGCUGCUGAUCAGUAACUGGCAGGAAAACCGAAGGGUAGCAACUACAGCACGCUCGGAAACCUCCCGCUGCAGAGCCCAGCACCGACUAGCACGGGUGGGCGCUGGGGUCACCCUCCGGUUGCCUGUAGUGUAGAACAAAACCUUCCGCCUGUUCCCUGGAAGUAGGAGAUAAGAGGUUAUGGGACACCCGACUUACUUAUACCUACACAAUAAGAAGCGUCUGUACCAAAGGAGGUCGUUCUUCCGAACGUGUCUGUUGGGCACGGGAGGUGAAGCCCGAUCGGCUCGGCGUCGGCACGCUGUUUGUAUCAGUAGUGAACUCGUUGAGGGCAGGAAUGGAUUAAAAUGAAACACAUUAAUCACCAAUCACUCUACCAGUGUUGUCAACUGUUUUUGUUUUUAAUUGUUAUUGUAAUAUAUUUUGGUUGUUUUUCUAAUUUAAUUCUCUCACUAUUGUCUGACUGUGAACUGCAAACAGUGUUAAACUUGAUGUAAAUAAGGUCCUUUGAAGGGCCUCUUUGCCUGUCGUUCCACAAAGUUUUGCCAAUUUGCAUUUUGUUUUAAAUAAAGGUUGCAAUAUUUUAUUGGCAAAAAAAA